CAUCGUUUCCGCCGGGGUCUUUUCCCUGCAGCGUGUCGUGGACGGUGGAUCGUUCUAUCGAAUCCACAUUAAUCCAUUAAUUAACAACUGCAGUUUGUGAUUAAUAAUGAGUGAAACACUUCAGCUGAAGGGUACCUUGCGGGGACACAAUGGAUGGGUCACGCAAAUUGCGACAAAUCCGAAAUAUCCGGAUAUGAUUCUCUCGUCCUCACGUGACAAGACUCUGAUUGUGUGGAAGCUCACUCGUGACGAGACCAACUACGGUAUCCCCCAGAAGCGUCUGUACGGUCACUCCCAUUUUAUCAGCGACGUGGUGCUCUCCUCCGACGGUAACUACGCCCUCUCGGGAUCGUGGGACAAGACCCUUCGUCUCUGGGAUCUCGCUGCUGGACGCACCACGAGGAGGUUCGAAGACCAUACCAAGGAUGUUCUGAGUGUCGCCUUCUCCGUUGACAACCGUCAAAUUGUCUCUGGAUCCAGGGACAAGACGAUCAAGCUGUGGAAUACAUUGGCCGAGUGCAAAUACACAAUUCAGGAUGAGGGACACAGUGACUGGGUCAGUUGUGUUCGUUUCUCACCGAACCACACCAAUCCAAUCAUUGUUUCUGCUGGUUGGGACAAAAUCGUCAAGGUAUGGAACUUGACCAACUGUCGUCUGAAGAUCAACCACAAUGGACACAGUGGAUACUUGAACACUGUCACAGUGUCUCCUGAUGGCUCCCUGUGUGCAUCUGGUGGAAAGGACUGCAAAGCCAUGCUCUGGGACUUGAACGAUGGCAAGCACCUCCACACCCUCGACCACAAUGACAUCAUCACAGCCCUGUGCUUCAGUCCAAACCGCUAUUGGCUCUGCGCUGCAUUUGGGCCCUGGAUCAAGAUCUGGGAUCUCGAGAGCAAAGAAAUGGUUGAGGAGCUCAAGCCUGAGGUCGUAUCCACCACGAGCAAGGCCGAGCCACCCCAGUGUCUCUCCCUGGCGUGGUCCACUGACGGACAGACCCUCUUCGCUGGAUACUCUGAUCACACGAUCCGUGUCUGGCAAGUGUCUGUCACUAGCCGUUAAAAAAAGCUUCAUUUUGUUAAUGAAAAUAUGAAAUAAAAAAUCGAAAAAACAAUUAAAACAGUCGA